CGUUGAGACGUGCGCAUAGUGAAAAUAGCGUCAAGAUUGUUUUUCCACUCACAGAUCACAGACGCUUUUAGUUUACUAACAUGAGUUGAGGUUCGCAAACAGAAUCUGGUUUUUGUUCCUCUUCUCAGCUUCCUCUUAAUUUUCAUGGUUGAAAGAACUCAUUUUGGUGUCUCUUGGUUGGGAGCACGGGCUCUUUCAUGGUAAAUGGAUCAGGGGUUUCGAUUUCUAUGUCAGGCAGAAGCCAGAAGAUUACUUUUUCUAAUGGGAGCAACCAUAGCUCUACUUAUAGCAAUUCAAUACUUUGAAUUUCCAUCAAUCAGAGUUUUAUCCUUCUUUUCCAUUGACAACAAUAUCAGCUUUUUGCCAAGAGAAUCAUCAUCAUCCAAUUUUGAAAUGUCAGAUAAUAUGAUCCCUUCUAAUGGUUUAAAUUCAACUAUUGCUAGUGCACCUCAUGAGAGAACAAACAGCAGUGAGGCCUCAUUUUCCAAGAAACAGGCUGCUGAAGGGAAUAAAUCCAAGGAAAUGGAAGGCAGUGCAAAGAGUAAUUAUGCAUUAGAGAGCAAUGGAGGUUCAGUUAACACUUCUGGAUUUGUUUCAAAUGCAACUACAUCAGAAGAUCAUGUUGCACAAAACAAAACUUCCAUAUUAGAGAAAGGUGAAAAUUCAGUCAAUGGCUCUGAAGUGGAGAAGGCCAUGGCACCUGAGAUUUCCUUCACAAAUGUCACUGAAGAUGUUGCAUCAGUAUCAGAAAGAAGUAGAAGCUCAGAUUCAGCAGCCAUAGUUAACAAAGAAGAAAAUGCUGGACCAUUACCAAGUAAUCUUUCAAAGAAGAAAUUCUGGAAAGCACCAUCCAGAGUCGUUUCAAUAUCUCAGAUGAAUGAAUUGUUGCAGCAGAGUCGUGCUUUAUCCAAUUCAGUGAGACCACUGUGGCCUUUGGAGGUUGAUCAACGAAUGGUAUUUGCAAGAUCACAGAUUGAGAAUGCACCUGGGAUAGAGAAUGAUACUGUACUUUAUGCACCUAUUUAUCGGAAUGCUUCAAUGUUUAAAAGGAGCUAUGAACUGAUGGAGCGCAUGCUUAAAGUUUACAUCUAUAAGGAUGGACCAAAACCUAUCUUCCAUCAGCCAAUCCUUGAAGGAAUAUAUGCAUCUGAAGGAUGGUUUAUGAAGCUUAUGGAAGCUAACGAAAAUUUUGUCACAAAAGACCCUAGAGAAGCUCAUCUAUUUUACAUUCCUUUUAGUUCACGGCUUCUACAAUUAACACUCUACGUACGCAAAUCACAUAAUCGUACAAAUCUUAUUGAGUAUAUGAAAAAUUAUGUGGACAUGGUAGCAGCAAACCAUACAUUCUGGAAUAGAACUGGUGGAGCAGAUCAUUUUGUUGCUGCAUGUCAUGACUGGGCACCAGCUGAAACUAGGGGACUAAUGUUAAAUUGCAUCAGAGCUCUUUGCAAUGCUGAUAUUGAUGUAGGCUUCAGCAUAGGCAAGGAUGUAUCCCUUCCGGAAACAUAUGUGAAAUCAUCUCAGAACCCUAUAAAAAAUUUGGAAGGCAACCCUCCCUCCCAAAGACCUUUCCUUGCUUUCUUUGCAGGUAAUUUACAUGGGUAUGUGAGGCCAAUUCUAUUGGAGUACUGGGAAAACAAAGAUCCUAAUAUGAAAAUAUUCGGUCCAUUGCCUCAUGUGAAGGGCAACGCGAUCUACAUCCAGUACAUGAAGAGCAGCAAGUACUGCAUUUGCCCAAGGGGUCAUGAAGUCAACAGCCCGCGAAUAGUGGAGUCUAUAUUCUACGAAUGUGUUCCAGUUAUAAUAUCCGACAACUAUAUACCACCUCUUUUCGAAGUCCUGGACUGGGAAUCCUUUGCUGUUUUUGUGCCGGAGAAGGAUAUCCCAGAUCUGAAGAAUAUACUACUUUCGAUCCCAGAGAAAAGGUAUGUGGAGAUGCAUAAGAGAGUGACAAAGGUACAACAGCAUUUUCUUUGGCAUUCUGAACCUGUGAAGUAUGAUUUAUUUCAUAUGAUUCUUCACUCAGUUUGGUACAAUAGAGUUUUUCAAAUGAGACCUGCUUGAUACUAAUUGGUAAUUUUAUGAUAAACAAAGGCCUUGGCUGCAGGAAAACAAUUUUGAUAAUUUUGUAAGUGAUUAGUUUAUAUGCAGCAUGAUGGAUUUUGUCCAUGCGAGAACUUCCCCUCGGCCCUUGCUGCCGCAAAGUGUAAACACACAAGGUUAUAAUUUUUAUGUAGACUCCAUUAGCAAAGGGGCGACAAUUCUUGUUUAGAUCGAGUUGUAUGAUGAUUUCUAUGUAAACCCACUACAUUACCAAAUUUAGAUAAGUUUUUUUCUUGUGUUUCAAGACCCCCUAAUAUGUGUAGAUCAGUUACUGGCCAGUGAGGGUUCAGCCUUGUGCUAAAGUUGAUGAGCUGAGAAUGUAGAGGUUUGAAGUUCUAAUUCCAUUGUAGUUGAGGUUCUGUAUUUGUUUGUCUAAUCUCAAUCGUUUGGAUUAAUUGCUAUAACAUGGUUUAAUUAUCUCUU